UGAUUGGUCGAAUCGUGUCGUCAUUCCAGAAAAGACAUCCGCGAAGUGAACUCGUAUUCGCUGUGUAGUGUGUGGUCGAGUUUUGAAUAUUGCAGAGAAAUUGUGAUUUUGGGAAUCACCUGGUUUGAUUUUCUACCCUUCGUCGGGAAAUAAAUCGGUUCUAGCAUCGGCGUCGCAUCUUGAGGAGCCGCAGGCAAUAUCCGCUCCCAACAUGGCGGACGACGAGCAAUUCUCGUUAUGUUGGAACAACUUUAAUAGCAAUUUAUCGGCCGGAUUCCACGAGUCGCUGUGCCGUGGCGAUUUGGUGGACGUGACGUUAGCGGCGGAGGGGCAGUUUGUGAAGGCGCAUCGGCUGGUUUUGUCGGUUUGUUCGCCAUAUUUUCGGCGAAUGUUUACGCAAAUGCCCGCCAAUCAACAUGCGUUCGUGUUUCUGAAAGACGUUAGCCAUACCGCGUUAAAGGAUUUAAUACAAUUCAUGUACUGCGGAGAGGUGAACGUGAAACAAGAUGCCCUCCCCGCCUUUAUUAGUACAGCAGAAGCGCUGCAAAUUAAAGGGUUGACUGAUAGUGAACCGGCACCAUCUCAAUCGCCUGCUAAGCCAUCAACACCCGCCCCUCAGCCGCAACCUCAAACAAUAACCACCCCAACAAUGACAACAGCCACAACAACAACGUCACCGCGGGCACGAACAUCAAAUCAAAGAAGUAGAUAUAAGUUAGAGUCAGAAGAUAGUGGAGAUGAGAAUAAACCCACCAACCAAUUAGUUUUACAACAAACACAAACUACGCAACAACACCAACAAGCCACAUUAGUACAACAAACACAAAAACGUCCCGCGCAACGUAGUAUCACGCCGCACACUGCACCGACAGUGAAACGUAUUAAAAAUAAUGAUCCCCUCGAGGGAACGGACGCGACAACAACAACCACUCAAAUCACAGUACAAGCGGUAACGGACUCAAAAUCAGCGACUGGUGAACCUGAGUAUAUCGACUUGCCAAUCGAUUUACCAACAAAAUCGGAACCUGACUAUGGCGAAGAAGCGGCGGAUGUAGAGGCGGCUGAACAGGAAGCGACAUAUGUUGAGGAUGAUUCUUAUGGCGAUAUGAAAUAUGAUGAGAGCUACUUUACGGAAAAUGAAGAAGGGGGCGGGACUACGACUGGAGCGACAACCUCAACGGCUGCAGUGAAACAAUCUGUGUCAUUUUCGGAUUCGUAUGUAAGCGAUACGGGUGAACAGCAGCAAGCUGCAACAGAAGCUCAAGUUGUACCAAUGAAAAGAGGUCGUGGAAGGCCAUCGAAAAACCAGUCGACAUCCAAAGAAUUGAAAUUAGAAGAGAUAAUAGAUUUGGCCCUACGAGAAAAAGGCGAACCUGUGACGUAUGUAUCUGUCUUAAAAGGUGGAAUGGCUGUUCUUUUCGAAGGUCAUCACUUCAAACCAUUUGUCAAGAGAAAUCGUUGCAUGUUCUACCGAUGUCUUCGGUAUGAUUUGAAAAAGUGUCCGGGACGGGUGAUGGUUCAUCAGAGUUUAGUCUACCCCGUUGAUUUGGCGCACAAUCACGACGACUACGCCCUUAUGGAGCAACAUGGAGCGGUGGUCCCAAGCGCUCAGGCUGCAUCUCUCAACCAAGAACCACGAAAUCUGAAUGCUGAGAUGAAGUUACAGCCGGAAUCGGUAUAUGAAAUUAUCACUCUACCGGCAGCGCCACAAGUAAUAAACAGUGCGGAUAAUCUUAAACCCAAAAUCAAUGACAUCAUAAUCCUACCAGAAUCAACGGAACAAAAACGAAACGUGCCUGAAAUAAAACUACCAUCGGACAUAACUAUUAAGAAAAUUUCUGAAAAACAAAAAAGUACAGGUCGCGUUGCUACACGUUCUCAUUCGGGCAUAACGAUUCUGUCGAAUGAAACUGUCGUUCCAAGUAGCGGUGAGCUUAGCAGCCAAGAUAACUUGACAAGUGAAGAGGAUGAUGGGAAAUCAAAAUUGGAAGUGUUAACUAGUGAUAAUUUGCGACAAAAAAUGAAAGAUCGCUUGAAAAUGGCUCUAUUGAAAGCAAAGAAGUGAAUUUUCCGAAGGCAUAUAAAAAAAUGCAACAUAUCCAACAACCUUUUUAGAUUAUACGACCUCAUAACCAUUUCUGUGCACUUCCAAAUCUGGUAAGCGUCUUGAUUUAAGUUAUUGAGGGAAUGAUGAAAGUAGUAGAUAUAAGUUUCUUAGUUAAGAUUUUAAUUAAUCAACUUUUUUAUCCAAUGAAUGUCCCCCGACAGCAUUCCACCCUGAAACUUUUCGAAAACCUUUGAAUUUAAUUGCAAAAGUAAAAAAUGUAUUAAUUGAAGUGUAGAUCUAGUUUCCUAGUUUUGAAUAAAAGUUCGACCAGCGAAAAGACAAAAGCAUCUAGAAAUU